AUGGGCCGCGAGAAUUUUCCACUCAUUCCCUUCCCGACCAAUGAUCCGAAAGAUCCUCUCCGAUGGCCAUUCGGCCUCAAAAUUGCGGCAAUUGUGGUGACUUCGUUGGCAAAUUUCGUUUCCAACAUGGGUGGCGCUGGAAUUUCCGUCGCAAUUCCCCUUCUGAUGGCACAAUUCCAGAAAUCUGAAACAGAUGCAACGCAGGUUCUAACGUUAAACUUCCUCUUUCUCAGCAUUGGAAAUAUAUUCUGGGUUCCAGUUGCAAUGAAGUUCGGCAAGCGGUUCUCUUUGCUUUCAUCAAUGGCUAUGCAAGCAGGCAUGCUAGCCUGGACUGCCGCAACACCCUCGUUCAACGGUCUACUCGCUGCCAGAUGCUUGCAGGGAUUUGCGGCCGCAGCUGGCGAGAGCAUCGUUCCAGAAAUUGUGGCGGACACCACCUUUGUGCAUCAGCGAGGAGCCAUGAUGUCGAUAUACGUUGUACUCAUCUCAGGGGGUAGCGCAGUUGGUCCGCUCAUCGCUGGUUUCAUGACUUCAUCGACAGCGGAGACCUGGCGCUCCUUCUCAUGGUUAUGCUGCGGAGUCGCGAUUUUCAAUCUGGUCCUGAUUCUUUUCCUCUUUCCCGAGUCUAACUUCGACCGGCCCGAGUUCGACUUAACUGUUGAUCAAUUGAGAACACUUCACCACCAGCAUGCCAGCAAAGAAGCUGAUCAGACAUCGAGUGAAGAGCGCCUUGAGGAUGUGCCGGAAGCGUCCUCGAUACCUGCAGAUUAUACUAUCUCUACGCCCUCCAUAAUUGAAAUUAUGCAACCAAUCUCAUACAACGUCAAUGUGAAUUUCUUGAAGGCUUUCAUUGAGCCUGUCAAGCUUUUGGUUCAUCCAUCUGUGUUGUGGGGCAUUCUGAGCUACGCUGUCACGUUGAGCCCACAGGUGAUUUUGAUUUUCAAUAUGUCAUCUUUUCUCAUGGCUCCUCCAUAUUCUUUCACAACAGAUGAGGUUGGCUUGAUGCAGAUUGCGGCAGUUAUCGGAUUCCUUAUUGCUUGCUUUGCUGGGGGUAAGCUAUCCGAUGUCAUCAACGCGUUUAUUGUCCGCCGGUCCUCUGGUCACAAUAUCUGGCCAGAGCAGCGAUUGAUUGCCCUCGUUCCUGGGAUGUUAUUCGGGCCUGCGGGGUGUGUUCUUCUUGCUUUUGCUUGCGGCAAGCAUCUUCACUGGGCUUUGAUCGCCGUUGGAUUUGGACUUGUAUCCUUUGGAUCUGUUUAUACGCCCAACAUCGCCAUCACGUACAUCGUUCAUCGCCACCAAAGGGAAGCGGCUGAAUGUCUUGUCUUGAUCAAUAUCUUCAAAAACUUGGUCGCAUUUCUUUUCCUGUAUGAAGCGGUUACUUGGGCCAACAGGAACGGUUUCAUUCAAGUCUACAUGAUUAUGUUCAUGUUGAAUGUUCUGAUCCUGAUCUUUGCCCUUCCGUUGUACUACUGGGAUGCCAAGAAGCGCCGUAUGACAGAGGAGGUUUGA